GAAAGAAACAAAGGCCCAAAGCCGCCAUAAAUCUGAAAACCCUACAUAAACCCUGAACCUUCUUUCCCAUCUCUCAAGUAAACUUAGGACCAAACAGACAAUUCAUGGCUUCUUCCUUCUUUUCUUCUCCUUCAAGCCACACUCACUGAAACAAAAAUCCCUAAUAUUCUCAGUCUCAUAGCGAAAAAAAAAAUAUUGAAAAAAAUGGGGAAAACGUAUGCAGCAGGGCUAUUUGCAGCCCUAGCUACUGCCAAAUUCGGUACGGAAACUGCAUAUGCCGAUGGUAGUUUCAGUUUCUCUCCUUUUUCCACUUCUUCGACUAAUAAGGUAGCAAGUGCUCCUGUUGAUGUUCCUCAGCCACCUCAGCCCUCAGCUGAAGCUCCUGAAAAACCCAAGGUUCGAAAUGAUAAUCCGAGGACUACUUCUGCUGGUUUUGAUCCUGAGGCACUCGAAAGAGGCGCUAAGGCUUUGAGAGAGAUCGAUAAAUCCAAAAGUGCCAAACAGGUAUUUGAUGUGAUUAAAAAGCAAGAAGAGACAAGGCAAGCGGAGUUAACUGCAAAAAUGCAAGAGUUUAAAGCACUGCAAGCUCAAGCUGAGACGGAAAGACAAAGGGUUGUAUACGAUGAACAGAAAAAACUGGCUCAGCAACAGGCACAAAUCAAGUCGCAGAUGGCUCGAUAUGAAGAUGAAUUAGCAAGGAAAAGGAUGCAGGCAGAAAAUGAGCAUCAUAGAGCUAGAAAUCAGGAGUUGGUAAAAAUGCAAGAGGAAUCUGCUAUGAGACAAGAGGCAGCUAGACGGGCAACAGAAGAACAAAUCCAAGCGCAGCGCCGGCAGACAGAGAGAGAAAAGGCAGAAAUAGAACGUGAAACCAUAAGAGUGAGAGCUAUGGCAGAGGCCGAGGGGAGAGCACAUGAAGCAAAGCUGGCUGAGGAUGUUAACAGAAGAAUACUAGUAGACCGUGCAAAUGCUGAACGGGAGAAAUGGGUUGCCGCGAUUAACACAACUUUUGAUCACAUUGGAGGUGGUUUCCGUGCAAUACUAACGGAUCAAAAUAAGCUUGUUGUGGCUGUUGGUGGCGUGACAGCUCUUGCAGCUGGAAUAUACACAACAAGGGAAGGUGCAAGAGUUGUUUGGAGUUAUGUGGACAGAAUAUUGGGACAGCCAUCAUUGAUCAGAGAGUCAUCUAGGGGUAAAUAUCCCUGGUCAGGCUUCUUCUCGCGAGCCAUGAGCACUCUUAAAGGUGCUAACGGAGGUUCUGCAACCAAAUCUGAGAAAGGAUUCGGUGAUGUUAUUCUACAUCCAUCUCUUGAAAAAAGGAUUCAGCAGUUAGCCAACGCAACAGCUAAUACCAAAUCUCAUCAAGCUCCAUUUCGCAACAUGCUCUUUUAUGGCCCUCCAGGAACAGGGAAGACAAUGGUUGCUAGAGAGCUUGCUCGCAGAUCUGGACUUGACUAUGCAUUGAUGACGGGUGGUGAUGUUGCACCGUUGGGUUCGCAGGCUGUUACCAAAAUACAUCAGUUAUUUGACUGGUCCAAAAAAUCCAAAAAGGGUUUAUUACUUUUUAUUGACGAAGCAGAUGCAUUUUUGUGCGAGAGAAAUAAAACCUACAUGAGUGAAGCUCAGAGGAGUGCCCUCAAUGCACUCCUUUUCCGGACUGGUGAUCAGUCAAAAGAUAUAGUCCUUGCCUUAGCUACAAAUCGGCCCGGUGAUCUUGAUUCAGCUGUUGCGGACCGUAUUGAUGAAGUCAUCGAGUUCCCUUUGCCUGGUGAAGAUGAGCGCUUCAAGCUGAUCAAACUGUAUCUUGAGAAAUAUAUAGCUGAAGCUGGGGAAAGGAAACCUGGCUUGUUUUCAAACUUAUUCAAGAAACAGCAGCAGAAAAUAGAGAUAAAAGGUUUGACUGAUGAUAUUCUGAGAGAAGCUGCAGCCAGAACGGAGGGAUUUUCAGGCAGAGAGGUCGCGAAAAUGAUGGCUAGUGUUCAAGCUGCUGUAUAUGGGAGUGAGGACUGUGUAUUAGAUGGUAACUUGUUUCGUGAAGUGGUAGAUUACAAAGUUGCAGAACAUCAGCAGAGGAGGAAACUAGCUGCAGCUGAGGGUGACAAGUGAAGUGGUUUUUAAAGUUGGAGACUUUUGCCAAAGAGUUGAUCAACGGCGCCUUCUGAGAAAAUUAUUGCUGACAAAUUCUUUUCAAUGAAUGGUUUAUUUAUUCUUUUCCCAAUUAUUUGGGAAAUUUUGGCUUCGUACGAGUUAACAGUUUCAUUGUAUGAUUACUCAUAGCCUAGGCAUGCUCUGUUUUAUCACGUUUUUACUGGCCACUCGUGUAUUCAGCGCAUGGAAAUAAAAGUGUGAAGGCUUAGAAUUAUCACCAAAAAAAAUAAAAAUAGAAGUUGUCUUUUCCACUA